AUUGUUUUUCGAGUGGCAAUGGCAUACUUUAUAUCAAGUAACUAGAAAACUGAUAGGUUCAGAUGAAUUAGGUCGAGAUGCGCGGCCCAAAAUUGGCCCUCUGCUUCCUUUCUUGAAGAAGUGCAAUCAAGAGGACUUAAGUAGACUUUUUGCAAACGCACAUUAUUUUUGAAGAGAAAAAACAAGCAUCAUACUAGCUUCGAAGACAGGAAAUUUGACAUAUAUGAUUUGAUACAUCGUGAUUUUCAAAACACUGUCACUAGGUGUUCAAUGUCGUUGCGGCGCUGUAGAUGCGGCGAAAUAUCCAGCAAUAAAAAUAGCCACAUCACGAAUGCGACUCAGCAACUCGUCGCUAAGGAACUCGGCCAUCGACUUCUGAGCAUCUCACCUUCCACCUCAAAUCACCCCACUAUGAAACAAAGAAUCACAUCGUUGGAUCUUCGUAUCAUCACAUGUGAGCUCCAGGAAAACAUCACAAACUACAGAUUGCAAAAUAUCUACAAUGUCAUCGGCUCCUCGAGACAAUAUGUGUUGAAAUUCUCUGUGCCAGACUCGAAGAAAAGCGUGGUUAUUGACUGUGGCAAUAAGCUCCACUUGUCCGACUUUGAACGUCCAACAGCCCCGGCACCAUCCAAGUUUGUUACAAAAUUGAGAAAACAUUUGAAGGCAAGACGAUUGAGCCUGCUCAAGCAGGUGGGAAAUGACCGUGUUCUUGCUUUCCAAUUUUCCGAUGGACUUUUUUACUUGGUGUUGGAGUUUUUCUCGGCGGGUAACAUUUUAUUGUUGGAUCAUGACAUGAAGAUUUUGGCCUUGCACAGAUUGGUGAAUGACUUGGGUCCAGAGAAUGAUAAGUAUGCUGUCAACGAAGUUUACAAAAUGUUUGAUCUUUCGUUGUUUACUGAGGACGAACCUCUUGUGUGUCAACCUAUGAGUGUUCAGAAUAUCAAUGAGUGGAUUACGAAUCAUAAAAGCAAGUUAUCCGAAGCAAGUUCAGACAAAAAGAAGAAGGUAUUCUCAAUUCACAAGCUUUUGUUUGUUAAUGCCAGCUACUUAUCCAGUGACUUGAUUUUGAAGGCUCUAAUUGGAGGUGGAAUCGAUGCUUCUCAAUCUUGUCUUGGUUUGGAAAGUGACCAGGAGCUCUUGUUCCAAACAGUGAAAGCACUCGAGAUGGCUCAAACACAAUAUGAUGAACUCAUUGAUAACGCAAAGAAUGGCUUGUCCCAAGGAACCAUUGUCGAAAAAAAGAAUCCACUUUACAAUCCAGAAGAUCUGGACUCGCUCGAGUAUACUUUUGAUGAGUUCCACCCGUUCCCACCUCAUAAAAUUAAAUCUGAUCUUCGUUUCCAAGCAGUUAAGGGUUACAACCAGACGCUUGAUAAUUUUUUCUCCACUAUCGAGUCCACUAAAUACGCAUUACGCAUUCAGAGUCAAAAGCAGCACGCAGAAAAGCGGUUGAAUAAUGCUCGAAGCGAACGUGACAAACAAAUCCAACUGUUACUUACGCAACAGGAGAUCAAUGAGAAAAGGGGAAAUACCAUCAUACACCAUGCUCAGCUCGUCGAAGAAUGUAAGGGGUAUUUGCAAGCCAUGCUUAACAAGCAAAUGGACUGGACCGAUAUCGAGAACAUUAUAAAAUUUGAUGCCGCGAAAAGGAAAGGCGAAGCGAAGUACUUUCGGUUUCCUCUCAGUUUGUUACAGAAUAAGAUCAAGCUCGCAUUGCCAGAUCCUGAAGCAGCACCUGAAUCUCUGGAAAUUGUGGGUUCCGAUUUAGAAGAUUCAUCAUCGGACUCUGAUGUCUCAAGUUCGGAAUCAGAUUCUGACCCAGAUUCUUCAGAUGCAGAAUCUGAGACGGACUCAGAUGCCGAGUCAGUUGAGAGUUUUGAACUGCAAAAAGCCAAAAAGAAACAGUCAACAAGAAAUAAAGAACCCUCUAUCCCCACGAUCACCGUGGACAUUGACUUGACACUUUCUUCAUUUGCAAAUGCUCGGCUUUAUUACGACUCCAAAAAAGUGGCCGUGAAUAAACAAACAAAAGUUGAGAAGAGCUCGGGCAUGGCCCUAAAGAAUGCGGAGAAGAAAAUUCAAAGAGACCUUGCGAAAAACCUCAAAGGUGAAAAUGAUGCUCUUCGCUCUAUCCGGCCAAAGUACUGGUUCGAGAAAUACUACUGGUUCGUUACUUCGGACAACUACUUGUGCUUGGCGGGUCGUGAUGACUCUCAAAUAGACAUGAUUUACUACAGACACUUCAGUGACAGUGGUUACUUUGUCUCGUCUGAUAUGGAGAAUUCAUUGAAUGUAUUCAUUCUUAACCCUUUCCAGGGUGAGGACGUCUCGCCUACUGCAUUGUUCCAAGCCGGUAUCUUCGCAAUGCUGGCAUCACACGCUUGGAAUAGCAAAGUCAGUGCCUCUGCUUGGUGGCUUAAAGGAAGCGAAGUCACCAAGAAAGAGUUUGACAACUCUUUAUUGGGCCCGGGCCGCCUAAACUUCAAAGGGAAGAAGAACUUUAUGCCGCCUGCUCAAUUAGUGAUGGGAUUCGGGUUGUAUUGGCUUGGUGAUGAAGAAACAGCAACUGCUUACACUAAAGCUAGAACUGACCGUCAAACUGAACAUGGAUUGAAGAUUGAAAUCACAAAUAAAAAGAGAGACCUCGAAAAUAUCACCAUAACCAGCAAAGAGUCAAUUGAGCCCGAGUUGUCCACUAAACAAGGUGUGGACCAAGAGGAAGCCGUGGGAGAAGUCACGGAGGCGCCCGCCUUUCCAACGGAAACCCCACACACAAUUUCCAAAUCAACCGUGGGCUCAACAAAGACUGUGCGUGGUAAAAAAGGGAAAAUGAAGAAAAUUAACGAGAAGUACGCCCACCAAGACGAAGAGGAAAGAAAGUUGAGAAUGGAGGCAUUAGGAACCCUUAAACAGGUGCAAGAUCUUGAAAAGCAAAAGCUCGAAGAGGCCAAGCAUCAAGCAGAGCUCGAACGAAAGAAAUAUGCCGCUGCUAAAAAGGGGGCACAGAGAGAACAAAGGGCUGAAGAAAGAGAGUUACAAAAGUAUUUGCAGGGGGAUGAUGAGGAUGAUUCGGUAUCAUACUUGGAAUUGCUCGAUUCCCUUAUUGCUAAGCCAGGAAAAAUGGACACAAUUGCUACUGCUGUUCCAGUCUUUGCCCCUUGGUCUGCCUUGAGCAAGUUCAAGUACAAAACUAAAAUUCAACCAGGCAUGGCGAAGAAAGGCAAGAGCGUGACAGAAUCUUUGAACUAUUUCACCGGCAGGAAAACUGACGCCCUGAAGGAAGACCCUGACAUUGACUGGCCCGAGGAACACGAAAUCAUCAAAUCACUCAAGUCGAACGAUUUAAUUGGUGUUGUCUCGGUUAACAAAUUGAAGUUGGUUUUACCAGGUGGAAAUGCGUCGGAUAACAAGAGCAAGAAAGGUGCCAAAAAGGGAAGGAAGUAAAUAUAAAACAUUCGCGACGUCCUCUUCCGUCUUUGCGAUGCCGGUCUGUCAUAAAACCUAAUGCAUGCAUGCCUUCAGUGACAGCCUUUUACCCCAACGUGCGACCAAAAACCACUCAUAUAAUUGCCCUGCAAGCGCAUAACCGAGCCGCAUAUACAUGUACUACACGCCCAAGAAGCUGCUUUCCGCCGCCAGGCUCACAUAACUAAAUUCUGAAUUUUCCAAAUAUCCGGGAGGAAUGUUUCCGUGGUAAGUCUCCAAAAUCUAAUAUUCGGAACUCCUCAGAUCUCAAAGACAUCUGCGUCAAUAGUAUUACGCCAAGUCGCGAAAGAUUCGUUGACUUAAACAUUCCAAUCAUACACGCGACCAUAUAGUGAAUGCCUCGUCGCAUUUGCCUUCACCAUAUGCUUUAAAUACACUUUAACCUUGCUCAUUGAAAAUAAAACAAACUUGCAG